ACAGGACCCCAGUCUAGUAUCGACACAGAAAAUAACUUUUCGUGUAUCGUAUCGUCGCAUGAGAACUCACUGUGCACCAUAUAUUUAAGGUAUUCCAAGUUGUGAUCAAAAGGAUAUCAUUUGUGGCAAUUAUUCCGGGACAUGCAAGCUACGGAAAGCAACGAGACGCGGCGAUCGCUGAUGGAUCUCCAUGGAGACCGUUGCUACUUCCGUUAUUCACAAACGACGCCAUUUUGGUUGUUGCUGCUGCACUUUGUUUCCACGUCUGUGUUUGCAUUUUGCUCAUUAUCCCGCACGUAUCGCACGUUCUUCACGAUGUAUGCCACUGUUGCUUUGGUUUAUCAUCAAGCUCAGGACGAUCUCCACAGGUUUAGGACCUACCAGGCCCCCGUCUCCCAAACGACUCUUCCUGUCCCUGAUCCUCGCCCCAGUGUCUUCACGAUCACCGUCAACCCCCUCUCAUCCCAGCCCGAACCCCAGACCUCCCUCCCCGUCCCUGCCCUCAGAGCCCGCCCUCAAGUUGUGGAGAUAGAUCUUGGUGAAGAAUCCAAGCAGCCCCAGUCAUGCUCGGCCGUCCUUGUGUCCUGUGUGAAAUACAUUUUCCAGAGUUUCUUCACGGAGGGAUAGACUUUGGAGUUGUUUGCUGUGCUAAUGUUGUGUGAACUACUAGUUUUAGGAACUUUUGGACUAACCAUUUGGACUAUUUGGGACUAUUUUUGAUAACAUACAUUUUGUUUCAUACAUGAAUUAAAAUUUAUAUAAUAUUCUGCUUAAAAUGUAUGUGAUAAACGCUGUUGCUUGAAGAACGUGUCGUGUACAUUCAUGUUUUCUGCAUUCCUUGUUAUGAAAACUGAAAUCAAGAGAUGGCUUCGCAUGCGGUCCAUGCCAAAUUGUCGCUUCAACUAACCUAUUGCUAUUUUAAGAGUUGAUCAAAAUG